AUUGAUGCUGAAAUACAGGGAGAUGAUCAGAUCCUGUGGACGUUUGGACCUCAAGAGACUCUCAUAGCUGAAAUCAAAAGCGAAACCAGAGAGAUCACUACCUUUGAUGGUACUGAUGGGAGAUUCAGAGACAAACUGAAACUAGACAAGACUGCAUCACUGACCAUCACAAACAUCACAGCUGAACACAAUGGAGUCUAUAAACUACAGACCAGCAGCAGCAGCAGAGGAACCUCGUUCCAAAGAUUCAUUGUAAUUGUCAGACUCGUGAUGAUUUCAGUGAUGGAGGGACAAUCAGUCACUUUAUACCCUGAUAAUACUGAAGCACAGAAAGAUGAUCUGAUUGUGUGGAUGUUUGGAGAUGAAAACAAUCUCAUUGCUCAAAUGACUGGAAAGACCAGAGCAACAUAUGAAGGUACUGAUGGGAUAUUCAGAGACAGACUGAAGCUGGACAAGAGGACUGGAUCACUGACCAUCAGGAACAUGAGAACCGAACUAUCUGGACUUUACAAACUACAGAUGAGCAGCAGCAGCAAAGGAACCACAAACAAGAGAUUCAAAGUUGUAAUAAAUUUGAAUAACGUGUCAGUGAAGGAGGGAGAGUCUUUGAUUCUGAAGACUAAUUCUGAAAUACGGAAAAAAGAUAAGAUACUGUGGCUGUUUGGAGAUGAAAACACGCUCAUAGCUGAAAUCAAAGAAGGGAAUGGAAAGAUCUCUACAUUUGACAGUGUUGAUGGGAGAUUUGGAGGCAGUCUGGGGCUGGACAUUAAUACUGGAUCCCUGACCAUUAGAAACAUCACAACUGAACACACUGGAGUUUAUACACAGAAGGUCAUCAGCAAAAAAGGGACCACAAUCAAGAGAAUCAAUGUUGCUGUGAGAGUGAAGAUGAUUUUAGGGGUGAAGGGCAAGAAUGUGACUCUAAACCCUGAUACCGAAACACAGAGAGAUGGUCUGUUCCUGUGGAUGUUUGGAGAGGAAAACAAUCUCAUUGCUCAGCUGACUGGAGAGACCAAAGAGACCACAUACGCUGAUGCCGAUGAGAGAUUCAGAGACAAACUACAGCUGGACAAGAACACUGGAUCUCUCACCAUCAAGAACAUCACAACCGGACCUUAUAAACUACAGAUCAUCAGCAGCAGAAGGACCUCGUACAGGAAAUUCAGAGUUUUCAUUUGUUGUGAGUCUGGUCCCAAGAUAGUUUCAGCGAUGGUGGGAGAAUUUUUAAUUCUAAUCACUGACUUUAACAUAGAAAAAGGUGAGCGGGUACAGUGGAGCUUUCAAGAUAAAACCCUAGCAGCUGGAAUGAAUGGGGACAUCAGUAAGACUUCAUAUGGUGAUGUGAGAUUCAGAGGCAGACUGGAGCUGCAUCAUCAAACCGGAUCUCUGACCAUCAAGAACACCAGUACCAGUGACACUGGAGUUUAUCAACUAAACUUCCUCAGUGGAUGCGGAAAGAACAUUUGCUGGGAAUUCAAUGUCACUGUCUCUGAUUCUACAAUGAAUAAAUCAGCAAUUGUAAUGAUGAAUGGAGAGGCUUCUGAUUAAGUGAAUAUGCAGCAGACGACAAGUUUAGUUUGAUGAAGUAAAAUACACCCACCAGUGUCAAUCAUUCUGAAGUCAACAACUGAUUUUUAUGCACCUCUAGAAUAUAUCCAAUGAAAGUGAGAAAUGAACCAGUGCGCUUCUUAAACUUGUAAAAUGUUUUUCAGACGAAUUAGAAAAAUGUUUUGAUGAAGCUUUCUUAAAGGCACAGUAUGCAAUUUUUGCCGCUAGAGGGCGCAUAUUCAAAACAAAGAAACAUGCUUAGUUUAAAACUGGGUUCGAGGGUGCAUGACACUGGCAGGGUGAUGCAAUGACAGUCUUGUUAUACUAGUUACAUUUUUAUUUCUCUAAAUUUUCUUUAUUUCUCUAGAUUUAAACAUUCUUGGAAACAUUUGGG